UUUUUUUUUUUUAUACUCAUCCGUAGCUACACGCGCGGCCUGCAGCACUCUCAUCGCCGUCGUUCGCACAAGUUCGUACGACAGUUGUAAACGCCGGUGUCGGUACUAUUAAUAUUAUUGUGUAUCACUAUCGUCGUCGCCGCCGACAACGUCACUUCGCCCGGUAUCGCUGCACGUUCUGCUGUUGUCCAAAACGUUGUCCGCACCGUGCACGAAUCACGUCAACCGCACCAGUAGAAGCCGACUGUCGCGGAUUAUUAUCUCGAAUCGCAGUUCGCACGUUCAUCUUCCUCUCGUCCGACGCUCAUCAAUCGAAAAUGUCCGACGACAAAGUAAUCGGCCACCGGUUGCAGAGCUUCAAGCACCGAGGCAAAACCGAAAUCGAAAGGCGAAGAAUAAGAAGUGAAGUUACUGUUGGUAUUCGUAAAAAUAAACAGGAGCAAGAACUAAUGAAACGUAGAAAUGUUGGUGAAGUUAUGAAUGAGGAUGCAGAUGCAGAAAAACCUUUAACUGAUAAAGAUUUACGGUCAUUAGUUGAAGAAGCUGGUAGUAAUAAUCCAGAUGUACAACUUAAAGCCAUUCAAUCAGCAAGAAAAUUACUUUCAUCGGAUCGAAAUCCACCAAUAGAUGAGCUUAUUAACAGUGAAAUACUUCCUAUUUUGGUUCGAUGUUUAGAUGAGCAUAAUAACCCAACUUUGCAAUUUGAAGCUGCAUGGGCUUUAACUAAUAUUGCUAGUGGUACAUCACUUCAAACUCAAGCAGUUGUUUCAGCUGGAGCUGUUCCAUUGUUUUUAAAUUUAUUAAACUCAUCUAAUCAGACAGUUUGUGAACAAGCAGUUUGGGCAUUAGGUAAUAUUAUUGGCGAUGGUCCGCAGUUACGUGAUUAUGUUAUUAGUUUGAAUGUUGUGCCAAGAUUACUUUUAUUUAUCAAUCCAACGAUACCAAUAACUUUCAUGCGAAAUGUCACUUGGGUCAUAGUUAAUUUGUGUCGAAAUAAAGAUCCACCACCAGUACAACAUGUAAUUGAUGAACUUCUACCUGCCCUUAAUUAUUUGAUUAAUAAUAAAGAUAUUAAUAUAUUAGUUGAUACAGUUUGGGCUAUUAGCUAUUUGACAGAUGGUGGUAAUGAUCAAAUUCAAAGAGUAAUUGACAGUGGUAUUGUGCCUAAUUUAAUUCCAUUAUUAUCUCAUAAAGAAGUAAAGGUACAAACAGCAGCAUUACGCGCAAUAGGAAAUAUAGUUACUGGAACUGAUGAACAAACUCAAGUAGUACUUGAUGCUGGAGCAUUAUGUCAUUUUCCAGCUUUACUUUCUCAUUCGAAAGAGAAGAUUUGCAAGGAAGCUGUUUGGUUCCUUUCAAAUGUUACUGCUGGAAAUCAAGUGCAAGUUCAAGCUGUUAUAGAUGCUGGACUGAUACCAAAAAUAAUAAUGCAUCUUUCUAAGAGUGAAUUCCAAACACAGAAGGAAGCAGCAUGGGCAAUUACUAAUUUAACUAUCAGUGGCAAUAGUCAACAAGUAGAUUGUAUUAUCAAUGCAGGUGUUGUUGCUCCCCUUUGUGCUCUCUUAUCUUGUCAAGAUAGUCAGGUUAUCCAAGUGGUUUUAGAUGGCUUACAAAAUAUGCUGAAAAUUGCUGGUCCUGAUGUUGAUGCCUUAGCUAAUCUGAUAGAAGAAUGUGAAGGACUUGAUAAAAUCGAACAACUUCAAAACCAUGAGAGUGUUGAAAUUUACAAAGUUGCGUUUGACAUCAUUGAGAGAUAUUUCUCAGAGGAAUCAAGUUCACCCACUCAACCUCCGUCAUGUUUCGAAUUCAAUCCGGCUAAUUCAAACACACAGUUUAAAUUUUAGAAUUUUUUUGAAUGUUGAGUUGACAUGGAUCACUCGUUCGGUAUUAUACUGUAUCUAUGACUUGAAAAUCAUUGCGUUGCUUUGUAUCAA